UGUCAGGGAGAGAGGAGGUGUAGUGUCUGCACUAUUAGUGACAAGUAUUACGCACGGAAAGGAUUAUCGGUUAAAGGGGUGACGGUACAUCGGGGGGGGAGGUCGACAAAAAGAGACUUGGGGUGAAGAAAGAAACUUAACGCGUCUUGUUGUCCAGCACGAGGUGCCCAGUAAUGGAAUUUACAUCUCUGUCCGGGAGCCAGGAGCCUGUCGCCCAGUAUUCAGAUUCCCACAUCACUCAAAGCAACGAGGAGCAUGAUUUCUUCUACAACCUGGGCAGCGACAGUAGCCCGUCUCAGUAUGGUGGAGCUGUCCCCAGCCGCGAGGUGACCGCUUUCCGUCAUUCGUCAGUGCAACAAACCUAUCCUCACUGGGCUGACAGUUCUGGAUUUCCCCACAACCUGACCACCUAUGGGAAAACGUAUAGUACGUUACCAUUGUACACAUCGACAGUUUCUCCUUUAGGGCCCCUUACCUCUCCCCCAUUGUAUUCUCCUGUACCAUUGCUACUGGGUCCAGCACCAUCAGCAGAACAUGAUGGGAGCCCUAAAUUUUUGGAGACAUUAAAGACGGAGAGAAUGAGCCCGUUGAACGGUGACCUUGUGUCAUUGGAUUCACGAAGUCCGAACAGUGAAGUUAUGUCUCAGAUGGGAUAUCUCGGGUCUCCACAGGACUUCAGUAACAGUCUCUUCCAACCAGCAGAAGAUCGAGAGUGUGUGAAUUGUGGAGCCACGGUGACCCCGCUGUGGAGACGGGAUAUCAGCGGCCAUUAUCUGUGUAAUGCCUGCGGCCUCUACCACAAGAUGAACGGGCAGAACCGUCCACUGAUCCGGCCAAAGAAACGUCUGAUUGUCAGCAAGAGGGCUGGGACCCAAUGUAGCAACUGUCACACAAGCACCACCACCCUGUGGAGAAGGAACAUGAGUGGUGACCCCGUCUGCAACGCCUGCGGCCUGUAUUUUAAGUUGCACAAUGUGAACCGCCCCUUAACCAUGAAGAAGGAAGGAAUCCAGACACGUAACCGGAAAGUGAGCAGCAAGUCCAAGAAGAAGAAGCCGCAGCCCUUGGAUGGUCUCUUUGAACCUCUCCAGAACGGCCUGGAAGAUCAAGCCAUGUACCCGUUUAGACCCAUCCUUCUGACUGGCCAGAUACCUUCUAUGGGACACUUAAUGCCUUGUUCGCCUCCUCCUCAUCACCUGAUUAGUCCUCCAAGGAUCCAUCACUCACCUCCACAUGUCACUUAUACACCCCAUAUGUUAUCGGGGGUCUCGUCUGCUCUCGGCUAAACAGCAGGGCAUCUCCUACAGCUUCUUCUACGUGUGGACCAAGGAUGAGCAGGGUCUGUCGGGUUUCUCAUUUAUACACAACUUUUUACGAGCCAUCUUCAGCUAUAAUGGUAUCCUCCCUCAUGCACCCCACUACCUCGUCCCCCUGGAGCCUGCAGAAGAAAACAGACAUUUUACCAUUUAUCAGCCGCGUGCUCUCUGUAUAUGUAUUUUAUAAAACAGUAUAUUACAAAACAGGAGUGAUUAUAGGGUGUAUUAUGAUGUGACUGUGGGGGGGCUGAGAUAGAGACAGAGGGCCGGACACUGCCCCGGGUUACAGAGACUUCUCCCUCGAGAUGUCUCAUUUUUAUUCCCAGAAUGCACAAUAAAAUAUGUCUCUUGUGA